UCUCCCUCACCAGUCACCAACUUCUCUCACCAACCCAAUUCAUAAAAACCCGGCCAUCACUACUCUCUUCUAUCUCCUUCUUCAUUCUUUUAAUUAAUUUCUUCUCAACAAGAACAAUAAUCAUGAGCCCUGCCCAAUCAUCUCACCAUGAUCAACAGCUGAAGAGGGAGAUCAAUGGCUCACGCCCAUCUCCUUUGAAGAUCAACAAGGAUUCUCAUUUCAUUCAAAAACCAUCUUCCUCCGCCCAUUCACCAUCUUCAACUUCAUCGUCCUCUUGUUUUAGUGGCGUAGCGGCUGCGGCCUCCAAUAAACAACAACAGCGGCACCCUCCGGUUAUCAUUUACACCCAUUCCCCUAAGAUCAUUCAUACACAAGCUCGUGAUUUCAUGGCUCUGGUUCAAAAGCUCACCGGACUAUCACGUUCUGAAGAUCAGUCGGUGCAAUCUCAUCAAGACACUGCGGGACAAGUUUCUUCCUCGAAAACUAAUAACAAUAACAUAAAACCAGGUGGUCACGAUGACACCGAGUCAUCUUCGGUUGUUACUGAUGAGAACUGUGUUGGUGGUGGAGAUGUUCAGGUCAGCUCAUCAUCUAUUUCUCCGGUCUCUGAAGCGCCCCAAUCUUACUUCUCCGACAUUCCACUCUUUACACCAAAUGCAGCGGAAUUAUUCUGUGCACCUCGACCGCUUUAUAGAUAUCCUGAUACAGUACUCACACCUUCCAAUAUCGGUAGUUCUAUCUCCCCUUCACCUCUGGAGGUUAUGAAGGGAUUGCAGGAAUAUUGAGGUCCAAUUUAUUUGAUUUUUUCUUCAGAAAAGAGAUAUGCUAC